CUACAACUGUCAACCCCAUCAACUGACGUCUAUAAACACCCCCAACAUCAAUAUUGAUUUUUCUUAUUAAGUUCGCGCGCAUCAGAUUUUCCGACACUUCCCAUUUCCACCAGACGUAAUAUAAAGGAGCAACAGAAUGCAUAUCACGAGAAUAGUUUUUUGUACAAUUUUAAAGUUUUACAUAACGAACGCGGCUAUUUUGGUAUGGAGUAAUAAAGAGGUGCGGAUAUCGCCCCUUUUGCCGUUCGACGAUGAGGACUUGGAGGCGCUAGUGAAAAAACUGGACGUUAAAAAAGUGUUUUUGUUCAAAGUGGAAUUGAAAAGCCGGAAUGCGGUUAUUCCGAGAAAUCUAAAAGAGGUCUUGGAAGGGUUUCAUUCGUCGUUUAAUCCUAAUGGAAAUAUUGGAACGGCAAAAGCCGUUGUAUUUUCAGAAUUAACAAUAUCAGAAGAUUGUAAUGGUAUAGACACAACAAAAAUUAAAAAAGUGACAGGCCCACUAAAUAACUCGACAGAUUUCUUAUGUGUCCUUGAUGUGACGUACCCAAGAAGAAAACGACGCGAAACUGAAAAUAAACAGGAGGGUAAGGUUGAGAGUUUAAAGACACAUGAAUCCAGUAAAGUUCCAGUCAUAUACAUUGGAGAAACUAGAGAAAAUAACCAGUAUGCCAUCUUAUACUCUUCGAGACCUUUAAAAUUAGAAGUUGAGAACUUUACACUUUAUCUUGGAAAUAUUGCCAAUAGCAUGAUAACUGUUGACAAGCGCCUUAAUAUUCCCGUUCCUUUAGAUGAGGAUGGUAACAAAGUUACUAUGAGAUUCGAUAUUUUAUGGAAAAACAGAUACUGGUACAUUCAAACCGUCAAGAUUCAACUUAUAAUUGGUGGCAAAACUGAUAUUCCCAAAUAUAAUUUGACGACCACUGAGAACAUAAUGGCACCAGCGCAUUUUUCUUAUCACUGCAGUGGAAAAACGGUAUUUUCAGACAAGGCCAGCGGGACGAAUUUGACCAUUUUCGACUUACAAGUGCAACUUGAUGCGAAAAAGAAGAGAUUUGGUGAUGCUAAUGAUUGCGUUCCUUUUACCACCGCUCCUAUAUGGAGUGGAUUAUUUGUUACUACGAUUUUAGGUUUAGGUUUGAUAGUAGCACUAACAGCGCUAAUGGACAUAAAAACCAUGGAUAAAUUCGACAAUCAAGCAACUAAGAACCUGGGAAUAACCGUUAUGGAUUAAACAGAUUCUGAUGGAAAAUAGAGCUUUACUGUAAAUACCUACUUAUAAUUUUUCAAAGUUAUCCGCUCCUACAGUUCUUUAAUAUAGGAAAUAGUUCUAAUUCUAUUUUUCUAUUAUAUUAAAACUAUGUUUCGCAAAAUGCCAAAAUGCAUAACAUAUCAAUGCCAACUACUAAUAUACGCAUAUAAAGGAAUUAAUAAAACACUGUGCAUAAUAUUAUAUAAGCAUUGGGAGCAAUACAAGUUAUUACAAUUUUUUUCAAGAAAUUUUAAAGCUUAUAUAAACUAUAUCCCUUCGUAUUAUUUUAACGUCUUUAGAAUAAUGUGAUAAUUCUUUGAAAAAAUAAAAUGUUUCCCCUU